UUGGUCGCCAAAGAUGUAAGAAGCACCCUUUCGGAGAUCUCAAGAGACUAACCCCCUUCGACAAAUCCUAAGUCCUCUAACGCCAUAGCUCCUCCCCCCUCCUAUCUGUCUUUAUCUAACAAACCGAUUUUCUUAAUUCUAUCACUAGAAAAUAUUUGUAGAUACAGAUUCUUCAUAGAGAAGUGAAGAAAUCAAGAAAAUGGUGACCCUUUAUUCUUCUCCUUCAACCCAUUCUUCUGGGCCAGUUGCUUCUUACUCUAAUUCCUCUAUUGGGCUCUAUAAUUAUCAUCAUAAUAAGCAGAUAGCAGUUUCUUCAAUUUUGUCGAGAAAGUUUGGUUCUUUGCAAAUUAAUCAGAAGCCAUUUUGGAAUGCCGUUCGCAUGCAAGAUGGUGCAGUAGCGAUUCCGCCUAGCAAAAUCGAAAAUGAGACUCCUUUGAAGAAAUUAAAAAAUGGAAUUUCGCCAGUCGCACCUCCAAAGGAGCAGAAAGAUACAAUUGAUUUCGACAGCAACAAAGCUAAAUCAACUGUCAGUAUUACUGUUGUUGGUGCUUCAGGAGAUCUUGCCAAGAAAAAGAUAUUUCCUGCACUGUUUGCACUUUAUUAUGAGGGUUGCCUCCCUGAGCAUUUCACUAUCUUUGGCUAUGCCCGGAGUAAGAUGACUGAUGCUGAACUACGGAACAUGGUUAGCAAGACCCUUACUUGCAGGAUUGACAAGAGGGAAAAUUGUGGUGAAAAGAUGGAACAGUUUUUAGAAAGGUGCUUCUACCACAGCGGCCAAUACGAUUCCCUGGAAAACUUUGCGGAGCUCGAUAAAAAGCUGAAGGAACAUGAGGCAGGAAGGUUUUCCAAUCGUCUAUUCUACUUAUCCAUUCCACCAAAUAUUUUUAUAAAUGCGGUUCGAUGUGCUAGCCUCUCUGCAUCAUCUGCUCAUGGCUGGACAAGAGUCAUUGUAGAGAAACCCUUUGGUCGGGAUUCUGAAUCCUCUGCUGCAUUGACAAGAUCUCUUAAGCAGUACUUGAAUGAAGACCAAAUUUUUAGGAUCGAUCACUAUUUAGGGAAGGAGCUUGUGGAAAACCUUUCUGUCCUUCGUUUCUCCAACUUGAUAUUUGAACCCUUGUGGUCAAGGCAGUAUAUAAGGAAUGUGCAGUUUAUUUUCUCAGAAGAUUUUGGCACUGAAGGACGGGGAGGUUAUUUUGAUCAUUAUGGGAUAAUCAGAGACAUCAUGCAAAACCAUCUGCUUCAAAUUCUGGCCCUCUUUGCCAUGGAAACACCUGUGAGUUUGGAUGCGGAAGAUAUCAGAAAUGAAAAGGUAAAAGUUCUGCGUUCCAUGAGACCUUUACAACUAGACGAUGUUAUCAUUGGGCAGUACAAAUGUCACACAAAAGGAGAUGUUACCUAUCCCGGUUAUACUGACGACAAGACUGUACCGAAGGACAGUCUAACCCCAACUUUUGCUGCAGCUGCUCUUUUCAUAGAUAAUGCACGAUGGGAUGGGGUGCCUUUCCUUAUGAAAGCUGGGAAAGCUUUACAUACUAGGAGUGCGGAAAUAAGAGUACAAUUCAGGCACGUACCAGGAAAUUUAUACAAUAAGAACUUUGGCUCAGAUCUUGACCAGGCGACCAACGAGCUUGUUAUCCGUGUCCAGCCUAAUGAAGCUAUAUACCUAAAGAUCAAUAACAAAGUUCCUGGUCUAGGAAUGAGAUUGGAUCGCUGUAAUCUUAAUCUUCUUUACUCGGCAAGAUACUCGAAGGAGAUCCCUGAUGCAUAUGAGCGGCUGCUUCUUGAUGCUGUAGAAGGUGAAAGGCGGCUUUUCAUCCGCAGUGAUGAGCUGGAUGCUGCUUGGUCUCUUUUCACUCCAGUGUUAAAAGAACUUGAGGAUAAGAAAAUAGUUCCAGAAUAUUACCCCUAUGGAAGUCGAGGACCUAUUGGAGCACAUUAUCUUGCAGCACGAUAUAAAGUAAGAUGGGGUGAUCUUGUGUAGACAAGUGAUUUCCAGACUUUGUUAUCGCUAUCACUGUCAGAAAACCAUAUGUCGCCUUUCUACUUCUUGAGCUUAGUAUGUCGCAACCAAAUUUGUUGUACUGCGAUUCUAGAACCAAGACUAGCAAAGCGUGAAGUUUCUUGCUCUGAAGGCAGAUCAGAGUAGAGAUAACAGAAGUAGUGAAACAGCUAGAGGGGGAAUCUGAGUUGUUUUUAUUGGAAUAAUUCUUGUUUGUUGCACCGAUGCAUCUCACUUAGGGAGCAACUUUUUCAGUGUAGCUGUUAGUUGGCCUUGUUAGAAUCAAUAAUGAGAAAAGUCAUUGUCAUUCAUCAAAAGCUUUCAGUAUUUAUUUUAUGCAUGCACCUCUCUGAUUCCAAAUUAUACUUCAUUUGUGCCUUCAAUUAUGUGCGCCCUUUGGAGAAUAUAUAAAUUAUAAUGCAUGAAAUGUACUAUCAAGUGAAAGGUUUGUCGC